UCGGGGUUCGGGUUGUGUUGCUGUUUUCCCAAACUGUUCUCUCCAACUCGUUGUCGCGUGAGGGGGCCUCGCGUUUUUGUCUCUGUGAGAAAACACGCAGUACAAAAACGUUUCCUUUAUUUUUUUAUAUUUCGUGGGAAAACAAUGACCGUACGUUGUUAGUGUGCCCGGAUAGGAUCGGUGGGCAAAAUAGGUGCAGUGUCGGUUGCGGUGUUUGCUAUUAUCGCCCUUUGCCCUUGUGCUCCUGCCAGUGCGCGCUGUGUUGUUUAUUAAUUUGAACCAAAUUUUGUGCAACAACAAAGAAGUCUGUGUGAGUGUGCGCGCCAGUUGUGCAAAGACUGGCAUUUUCUUAUCGUGCCAAAGGGCCCAGUGUGUUUGUGCAAAGGGAAGAAACAAACAUAAACAAAGGAUCGCUCGCGACACAAAUCGUCUUCCAAUUUUGCCCACGAUACCAAAGAAGUGCUUUUGAUAAGUUGUUCGUAGAAAACACACACAACAGACAACAAACAAAAUGCAGCGCUGGUGGUUUUUAGAAGAAAAUGCCGAAGGAAAGGAUCCAUCGUCGUCCACCGCCUCGCAGAAGUCGGAAGCGUCCGUGAAAAAACCAAAGCAAUCCACGACCGCUGGCGACCGGCCGUACACGUUCCGCGUGCUAGUGACGUACGAUUUGCUGAAGGACGAAACCAUCGCCAUCACAGGCAGCUGUGACGCGCUUGGCAACUGGGAUCCGGAGCAGUGCGUACAGUUGCGCCCGGAAAAUGAUGGCGACAGCACCAUCUGGCGGCUGGAGACAGAACUACCUCGGGAUGCUUCCGUGAAGUAUCGCUACCUGAUCUGCUCGGUGGAUCCGACCAGCGGCAAUGUGCAUGUGCGGCGCUUCGAAACCCACCUCGUGCCCCGGCAGGUGCCGAUCGAUCUGGCCGAGGAGGAAGCGAACGGCAGCAAGGAAAAGGUACAACCAAAGAUCGACACGCUCGGCGACAUUGAUGGCACGAUCAAGCUGGACAAGGGUUGGCUCACCACCGAAACCAUCAUGCAGUUUAAGUUCUUCGAUAACCCGUUCUCGGUGAAGGAGCGCAUCAAGAAUCGUUUGCUGUACGUGAAGAUAACGACGAUGAAUCUGCGCAUUAAUGCGGAAUCGCAAAAUCUCUCCUCGCUGCUGGAAGAGUCGCUAUCGAACGAUACGCGCGAGAACGGUACCGAAUCGAUGACCACGUACUCCUUCACCGAGGUGACCUCGCUGCGCAACCCGAGCGCUUGCUACGAGCAGCAGUCACAGUUCGGCUGUCCUUACCACAAGGACGACUUUCUGAUCUUCAACGUGACCGUGGCGGAGCCGGAGAACGUGGCCUAUCUCGUCGACCUGUACACGUACAGCUCCAAGUCGAAGGAGGACGAACCGCCGUACCAUCUGGGGUAUCAUUACAUUUUGCCCAACUUUCUGAAAAAGUCCGAAGGCAUCCUGGAGCUGCCGGUUACGUGCGCGAGCAAACAUCGCCCGCUCGGCAUGAUGCGCAUCGAGUACCUGAAGGUGACGCCGCUGCUACCGUCGCGCUGUACGCUCGAGCGGUCGUACAUCCGGUACUGGAACAAGCGCUGGACCGGGUUGGAUGUGGGCCAUCGCGGCUCGGGCACCAGCUUCAAGGCGAGCGAUGGCAACGUGAUCCGCGAGAAUACGAUCGCGUCGCUCAAGAAGGCGGUGGCGCACGGUGCCGAUAUGGUGGAGUUCGACGUGCAGCUGAGCAAGGAUCUGGUCCCGGUGAUCUAUCACGAUUUCGACAUCUACGUGUCGCUGAAGCGCAAAACCACGCUCGAAUCGAACGACAUGCUGGAGCUGCCGAUGCGCGAGCUCACGCUAGAACAGCUGAGGACUCUUAAGGUCUACCACGUGGUGGAGGGCCGAAAUCGUGAGGCCAAAUUCUUCGACGAGGAUCUGGAGGAGCACCAACCGUUCCCGCAGCUGGCCGAAGCGCUCGACCAGAUCGAUCCGCACUGUGGCUUCAACAUCGAAAUCAAGUGGUCCCAGAAGCUGAAGGACGGCCGGAUGGAGUCGGAUCUGAACUUCGAUUCGAACCUGUACGUCGACUGCAUACUGCGCGUGGUGCUCGAGAAGGCCGGCCAGCGUCGGAUCGUGUUUUCCUGCUUCGAUGCCGACAUCUGCACGAUGUUGCGGCUGAAGCAGAACCUGUACCCGGUGAUGUUCCUAACGCUCGGUGUUACCAGCCGUUACCCGAGCUACCACGACCCACGCUGCAACUCGAUCGAGAUGGCGGUGCGCAACGCGUACGCAACCGAGCUGCUGGGCAUUGUGGCACACACGGAGGAUCUGCUGCGCGAUCAAACUCAGGUGAACCUGGCAACCGAGCGCGGUCUGAUUAUCUUCUGCUGGGGCGAUGACAAUAACUGUAAGGAUACGAUAAAGCAUUUAAAGAGCCUUGGUAUCCAUGCCAUCAUCUACGACAAGAUGGAUAUAUACUCGGACAAGGCGGUCAAGGAGAGCGUAUUUUUAGUUGGUGCCCGUGAAUCGCAAGCUGCGCUGCUGCAGCAGAUCAACAUCGAGAACCGUUACGAGCAGACGAAUCAGCACGAUUUUCUCAACGACAAGGACGUGCGGCUCAGCCUGGACAAGUCGAGCUCAUCCAACUCUACUCCUUCGAUUUGAGUUUUCACGUGAUUUUGUGUUUCCGCCUUUCCGGUGAUAAUGAAAAAAGAUGGAUGGUUCCAUAGCUGGAAACGGGAGUGUGCGUAAUUGGUUCCCUGUUGAUUUAAAAUUUUGCUGAAUAGUUAUUACUUUUUUUUGGUUUGGCAUACAAGUGUGUUUUUCUGCUUUUUUCCAAUUAGCUAUAAUAUUCAUUGUGUUUGUAUAGAAACUUUUUUUAUACAUAAAUUGAACGGAGUGUGUGUGUGUGCGAGUGCAAUGAGUGAGUAUUUCGAAUUUAUUUACAACCAUAUUGAAUAUUGGUUUUGCAUACUAGAAAGCGUAGGGAGAUUGAGAUUAAAUUUGCACUUACUAAACCAAGGCGCCUAACAUAUUAAACACACACACAUUGAAUGCGGGUUCAAAAAUAGGAAACAGAAAUUUAUUACUAUUAUAUAGAUAAAACACAAUCCUUUUCUACUAACUACCACCACACUAUUGUUGUUUGUGCACUGGCACGGAAGAAUACAAAUGGGAAAGCAAUCCACUUUCUAAGUGAAAUAAUUCUUCACAUAUUUAUAUUCCACCGUAAGAGCCUAAUGUAUCGUAAGCAAAAUUUAGCAAAUUUAAUGUGUUUGGUGGCUGGAUGGUUAUGGCAGGAUUUGUUAAAAUUCUUCUACUCAACUUCCUUGCUCUACAGGUGGAUUGAUUCUAGGGAAAGAGGGAAUGCUACAUAGGCUAAAUAUAAUGUUAUAGGGUACUAAAAGCAACAAGUUUCUUAUAAAAGAUAUUUUGAAAUGCAAGUUUAUGUUUUUUUUCUUUUCUUGUGAAACUCUUCUACACAAUUUAAUGAGGCUUGUAAAGACUUGCAAUAAACAUUUGCUAUGGUGCAGAGUUUUUUGUUACGUUCGAUACUCCUUAGCAUGUAAAUCCAUCAAAUAAAAUAUGAAAAAAUACCUUUUUUAA